GAAAACAUAGAGUUAUUCAGUAUUCAUUUCAUUUUCAACUAUGCAAUGUCAAUGAAUGAUAAACUGACAGGGCAUUUAUUUAUUUACCCUAUAAGUCUACAUUCAAUUCUGAACAUUAUGCGAGAUGGUGGACCGGUGAGGUAUUAAAAAAUGCAAGUUAUCGCACCUCAUAAACUGAAUAUUGGUAUUUUUCACUCAUCCGAACUGUGAGAGGAAGUACAAAAGAAAAAUCGACAAAAGGGAAAACCCCACCUUAACCAGCACGUACUCUUAGUUGAUAUCGCCAUGACCGCAGACCGCAGUUUCCGGUUAGAAACGUGGUUGAAACUUGGAAAUACACUUCCCACAUCGAUCUUCCUCUCCUCCCCCCCCCCCCGGCUUUUCUAUAUCAACAUCCCCAUUACCACUUCAAAGUAUAAAUACGCUCUUCCUGCUACUCGUUUCAUAUUUAAAUAAGCUCAACUGAUAAAACAGCAGCUCGUACUUGGUGUCUAAUCAGUCUUCAUUAGCUCCUCGAUGGGUUUCACUUCAUCAAACUCGAUGAGCUCCUCGAUGGUAUCGCCACAGGCAAAGACACAGACAACAAGUAUUUCAACUUCAUCAACGAGACCUCCAAAUGACCAAUAUUUUGACGAUUGGGCACAUGCGUUACUUGUCGCAGUGUUGUUGCUCCUUGUUAUUAUAUUUACAGUACUUUUGAUUAAGUAUUGCAGGAGGAAAAUAUCGCGGGCUAGUACUUGUACACCAAGUUAUAUUGUAGAAGUACGGUCAGAUUCUCCGACCUCAACACCUGGUCAAAACGAAGUUCAAAAUAGCCCUUUAUACUAUGAAGCAGAUACCUUUCAAUUCUCGAGCAAGGAACCAAAAGUGAUUGAACCUACGGACGUUGAGAGUAAUUCAAAAGAUGAAAAUUGCUGUCCUGAAAAUAUUGAAUAUGAAACUAUGAAUCCACCUCAAGCCAGCGCGGAGUACGUUUACGCGUAUGGCCAUGUAAAUAUAAACGCGGGUUAUAUGAACACUCCGCUCUCGCGCAAACGGCCAACAAACGGAGUUGAAGACGAUUAUGAAUAUCCGCAGAACCGCAGGAGUUCUUCAGAUAACGAAUAUCGUUAUGCGUAUGACUGGCUGGAUCCUGAUGCCAGAGUGGCCGCAUUGAGCGCCAAUGAACCUGUGCUGGCCUCUCAUGGCAAAGAUAAAGUGGACGACAAUGACACUGUUUGUGAAAAUGAUGAAACAUUGUCGGGAGAACGUCUUGGAAAUUCACCCGAACCGGUACCUCUUCAAUAUGUUACUGUCGUUAAAAACGUUGAACUUUUGUAAAACAGGUUAAAACUAGUUAAGAUUCAUAAUGUUUUGUGCAAAAUAUACACCAAUUACACCAAUAUACUUUAAUAUAAAAAAACCCCACUGAUUUUAUAUAUAAGUGACGAUGACUGUAAGAACAAAUACGUUAAUUGGCUGAAAAAUAAUCGUCAUUGUACAUAUAGGGACAUUAAUAUGCUGAAUAUACGAUCAAAUCCUGCUUUAGUCAUAAAUUUCCACUUCAACCGUAUCGUAACCGAUCGAAGAAUUUACUUUUGUAUAAAGUAAUCAUUGGUAUCACUUCAGCGUAAAUUUCGCUACGGUAUAGUUUGUGUGGAAAUCGGGUCGAAACAGAUAAAUUUCCUGUUAUCGGAAACUAUAUUGUAAUUCAUGAAUCUAUUAAAUACACUUUGCCUUUUCGGUCGAAUGUAA